AUGGCUACUAAUUCAGACUCUUAUACGGCCAUAUCCAGAAGGCCAGAAGGAAAAGUAGCGAUUAUCACCGGCGGCGCAAGUGGAAUUGGGGAACGCUCUGCCAGGCUUUUUGCUAAGCAAGGAGCCAAGGUUGUAAUUGCUGAUAUCCAAGAUGAUUUGGGACACUCUAUUUCUGAAGAGCUUAAAUCCAAGGGGGCUGUCAUCAACUACGUCCAUUGUGAUGUAACCAAAGAAUCAGAUGUUAAGAAUUUAGUCGAUACAACAAUCUCCAACUACGGUAAGCUAGACAUAAUGUUUAGUAACGCCGGAAUUGUUGGGAAUUCAUCGGAUUUAAGAGUGGUAAAUGAGGAUGAUGUUCCUUCCGAUCACGAAAACUUCAGACGGGUUUUCGACGUCAAUGUUUUUGGUGCAUUCUUAUCCGCCAAACACGCUGCUAGAGUUAUGGUCCCGGCAAAGAAGGGAUCCAUAAUCAUAACUUCGAGCGUUUGGUCUGUUACUUUUGGGGAUGCCCAUUAUCCUUAUCUAGCAUCUAAGAAUGCUUUGGUCGGGCUUGCUAUAAGAACUUGGGCGUUCCUACCCCGAUGCUAA